AUGAUUACUUACUGCAACAAGGGCGGGGCAAAGUACAAGAGAAAACCCCAGAACGCCUUCUACGGCGGGAUAAUGGAGCAAGAGAAGGACGGCAGCGAGACGUCACGCUUGCUUAAUGGACAUAUCGGCUCAAGGCAUGUACAGCUCGACACAGACAGAACCCCGGAUGUUGUGACAUACGGAAGUGUGACGGAGGAAUACACAGAAGCAGUCGCAAAUGGCACAGAGACCCCUGAGAAGAAAGAAGGCUUCAGUUGUGGGAGGGCAUCAAAAAGACAGAUCCUGUCCUUCUUCUGUGUCGCUUUUCUGAACUUUUCGGGGAUGGCCUGCUACGCUAUAAUCACGCCGUUCUUUCCGAAUGAGGCUUUGCGGAGAGGGGCCUCGCAGACUACAGUGGGAUUUGUAUUCGGAUGUUUCAGUGCAGUCCAGUUUCUAGGAGGGCUGGUGUUAGGCAAAUUUAUCACGUCAGUUGGAUCGAGGUUUGUGUUGAUCAGUGGAGUGUUUGUGGCAGGGAGCUGUUCGCUGUUGUUUGGGUUGCUAGAGUACAUGGAAGGAACAACUUUUAUCGCGUUCUGCUUUGCCAUUCGGUCUAUGGAAGCCCUGGGUGUUUCUGCGCACACGACUGCAGCAACAACCAUCCUGACUCACGAGUUCCCCAACGACGUGGCGAAAGUCAUGGGUACCCUGGAGAUUUUCGUUGAUCAAAUCUUCACGACUGACGUGAAGAUGCCAUGUCUGAAGAACUGGUGGUGCCUACUGGAGGAGGUGAAGCAUUUGUAG